AUGGCUCUGAAUCUUUGUGUCUCCCCUAAAUGUAAAUGGGUUGCAUCUCCUUCCUUAGAUAGUGGUUCUUCUUUGAGACCUUCACUUGGGUCUUGUUUUGUUAACAUAAACAUUGCUAGUGUAAGUCUCAACUUGAGUGCUGGUACUAGAAGUUUGAGUUUGAGGAGAAGUGUUAGUGUAAGAUGUAGUUUGGAAACUGCAGGGCCCACAGUCACAGUGGGACAGGUCACUGAGGUUAACAAGGACACCUUCUGGCCGAUUGUUAAGGCUGCCGGAGAUAAAACCGUUGUCCUAGACAUGUACACCCAAUGGUGUGGCCCUUGCAAAGUGAUGGCUCCAAAGUUUCAAGAAUUAUCCAAGAAGUAUGAGGAUGUUGUUUUUCUAAAGCUUGAUUGCAACCAAGACAACAGGCCAUUGGCGAAAGAGCUGGGGAUUAAAGUGGUUCCCACUUUUAAAAUUCUGAAGGACAACAAGGUUGUAAAAGAAGUUACUGGAGCUAAAUACGAUGAUUUGGUUGCUGCCAUAGACACUGUUCGAUUGAGCUAA